UCAUCAACCGCCAAUUCCCAAACUCCCACCGGUCUCUCUCUCUCAAUCAAUACGAAUAUAAACAAUACAUGUUGAUGCAUGCAUUUAUAUAACUGUCUCGAGCUAUAUUUAUAAAUUGUGUGUUUCUGUGUGGAAAGAAGGAAUGGAAGGCGUGCCAGUAAGUGUAUCCAGAAGAUUACCGGGGUAUUGGAGGAUCAGAGGCUAUGAGCGGCUCAGUGGGACUGGUCGGAGACGGAAGACUACUCGGUUGGCGUUAGGUGCGGUCGGUUCGAACCGGAGAAGGCGGUUCUUGAGGAUAAAGGUUACUCCCAAGCUGAAGCUAAAGCUGAAGCUGAAGCUCCGAUUCUCGCCCAAGAAGUUCUUCUGUGGCCUGAGGGACGCUUACGUGAACACGAUGCUGAGAGUGAUCAAUGGUGGUGAUGGUGGUGGUGGGAUUGUUGGGGAUGAGAGGAUGAUCAUUCAGAUCUACAAAUCAAUUGUGAUGGCUCAGGGCCAAUUGGUGCCCCUUGAUGCAGCCAGAAUUGGCACCGAGAUGGUCUGCCACCGGUAACUAUAAGAAACACCCAAAAAAAAAAAAAAAAAAUUGAUUUCAAACCUUUUUUUUUGGGUUUUCUUUUAAAUGCCUAUAUCUUGUAUUAAGUCUUGCACCGAUUAAUUAUCGGAUUGGAAUUAGUGCAGAAAAUUGCAGCAAGGGUCUUAACACCCACCUUCAAAAUCUGGACCAAUUUAUGUGUAUUUCGAUUAAUUUUUUUUUCAAUCCCAUUAAAAACAUACUAUCUCCAC